AUGCCGGGUAGGUCACAACCCGGCGCCGUGAAUGCUCCUGGCGUCGCUGCUACUAACUGCUCUUCUUCUGCUUUCGUCCCAAAGCCUAUGUUUCAGCAUGCUAGGAGGCACUUUACGCCUAGGUUUCAGCAGCCGAAUGGCAUCAUUGAUGCUACUACCAAUGGUCAGUAUUUCGACCUGACACGGGAUGAUCACGGGGAGGUGCCUCCAACAUGGCCAACGACUCCCUCCGUCCCCGUUUCCUCCGCGCCUACCAAGAGGAAGAGACAGUCAGGGGAGGAAGACGAGGUACCAAAGGUACCAAAGAAGAGAGGCCGACCUCCCAAGGCCAAGCCCGUGGUGGAGGUACAGGUACCAAAGAAAAGGGGACGACCCCCCAAGGCUAAGCCCGUGGUCGUAGUUCAGGUACCAACUCCUGACACCACCACGACCACCAACUCCUCAGUAGAGGACAAAUUCGCGUUCGAAGCCACCCCGUUUGCCGGCUUCAACGAGUAUACCAUCGACCAACGCGUCGAGGCAGGAACCCCCUGCCGCCUACAAGAGCGUGGGCAAGACAACGCCGAAGCUGUAGAAACCGUUGACAACCUCCCGGCCUUCUCUUUCCCCGCGUAUUCAGCGGCUGAGAGUAUAUGGGAGGACGCCCCGAUGGUCCAAGAACCUUGGAUCAGGGAUGUGGCGUCCGCUGAGAACCUCACGGCCUUCUUUUCCUCGGCGUAUCCAGCGGUUGACAGUAUGUGGGCGGACCCCCCGCUACCGCAAGAACCUGAGAUCGUGGAGCAGAAUUCCGCUGGGGAAAUCAUGGAUGCCAUGUCCGCUGCAGCUGCGGCGGAUGAUGGGGCUGCGAAUGCGGCAAUAGAUGACUUCGUGUGCGACUGGAACGGGAAUAAUCCGGAAGAUAUGAUAUUUUGA